AUGGGGCCGGCGGGCUUGAGCGGCCGUCCCUGCGAGCGGAGCGAUGUGCCCGGUCCGCCGGCGCGGAGGCACGCCCCAACACCUGCCCACCACGCUCGGGUGCGCAGCGCGUGGCCGAGCUGCAGGCAGCGGGCGAGGCAGCCCGGACAGCGCUGCCCGCAGCUCUCGAUGCCUUUCCUGCUGCGGUUCCUCGCGCGCCAAGACUUCCAUGACCUGGCCUGGAGGUUAUUGAAGAAUUAUCAGAAGUGGAGAAUUGAAUGCCCAGAAAUAAGUGCAGAUUUACAACCAUCUUCUGUUCUUGGUCUUUUGCAAGCUGGCUAUCAUGGAGUCCUUAGAUCAAGAGACCCACAUGGAAGCAAAGUUCUAAUAUACAGAAUAGGACAAUGGGAUCCCAAUUUAUUUACUGCAUACGAUGUGUUUCGUGUAAGUCUCAUCACAUCUGAACUCAUCGUAAAGGAGAUUGAGACUCAGCGGAAUGGAGUCAAGGCUAUCUUUGAUCUCCAAGGCUGGCGAUUUGCUCAUGCAUUUCAAAUCAGUCCAGCAGUGGCCAAGAAAAUCGCUGCUGUUCUCACAGAUUCCUUUCCACUAAAAGUUCGAGGUAUCCACUUGAUUAAUGAGCCUUUAUUCUUCCACCCAGUCUUCGCUCUAAUUAAGCCUUUUCUCACUGAAAAAAUAAAGCAACGGGUGUAUAUGCAUGGAAAUAACUACAUGCAGAGUCUGACUGAACACUUCCCCAUCAGCAUUCUCCCACUGGAAUAUGGGGGGGAGGAAGUCUCCUUUGAAGAGCUGGCUAAAGAAUGGACUGAGUUUAUAAUGGCAUCUGCAGAUUAUCUUCGGAGCAUUUCUCUGGUUGCACAGGAAUAACCUUAUUGCAGUAUUAUAUCAAUUCUUAAACAGUGAAAACGGAAAUAAGUUUAAUAUGAAAACAUUGAUUUGAACUUGAAAUUAUUGCGAAUGAAACCAGUGUAUCUUUGCAGGGCACUGAAUAUUAUAUUGGCUGCACUUUAUACUAACUGGAGUCUAUCAGUAUGUGUGUCUGAAGAGAUUAAUGAAUUCUACAUAUUCGUAGUGCUAUUUGUAAUUGAUUAACUUGUAUGCCAGAAAGUUGAAGAAUGAAUUGGAUAUCAGACUGAUACUGGUCCUGUUAAGUCUUUGGAGAUAACUCAUUUGAAAUAAUGCAGUCCAGAACCUUACACUUAGCUCUUGUAUCUUGGCUUGUCAAGACAACAGGAUAUAAAAAAAAGAACGGAAUGUGGCUAGGGUAGAGUAGUUUGUUGCAGAAGCAUGACUACGGGGCUAAUUUACAAGGAGAGAAGAGGCUGCUUUUUGGAUUGAUUCUCAGGGAAAAAGGCUAUUUUGUUAGUUUGUGUCAAAUUGAAAAUUAGUUAGCAAUAGUAAGACAUUUGUGUUAAUCUUUGUGCUGCUUGUGCAACUUCCCCUUUUGUGCUAAUUAAAACAGUAUCUUCCAGUUUUAUAAAGGAAGCUGGGGAAAACACCAUGUACCUAUUCUUCAAAUGACAGUAUGAAUCAGGAGGAGGAACUGGUAAGAGAGCCCAAACAGACUUGAAAAUUCUUAUUUUCUUUCUUCAAAUUGAUGUUGUGUAUGGACAACUAUAAGCAACUCAGAUUACCACCUUUAAUUUUUACUGUAGAGGACUACAAAGGGCAAGAGCUUUCAGCUUGUUUGCAUUAUCUGUUUGUUUCAGAAAGUGAAAUAGGAUUUUCUUUGCGGAUCUGAAGUUUAGAAAUACUUGCUACAUAGUUUAAGGGUGCUUUGAGGUCACUGAACCUCAGCAUAGAAGAUACUGGAUGUCUUUAUUUUCAGAACAGUAAUUGACAACUUGCCAUUCUAUUUACUGUUAGGUACUGAAAGAAAUUAUUUUUAAUUUCUGCUAAGCCUUCUUUAUUUCUGUAGGGGUAAUGAAAAAAAAUCUCUAUAUACUUACUGGAAACCUGUUUCUGUUUUGGUUUGGCUUUCUAAGUGGCAUUAUUGAGAUAUGAACACUGUAUAUGUAAAAGCUAUCACUCAUUACAUAGCAUCAUCAUCCUGCAAUCCCCAGUAUCUAAUGAUCUAAAGUAUUAUUUUACUUUUCACUCAGCUUUUUCUUAAAAUCGCUGUUCGUACAACAACUGCUGGAGUCCAUUUACCCAGUUUUUAACUUUGUUUUGUAAUAAGCCAAGAAAUCUUUGCAUAAGCAGUAUAUACUUAAGCAUUCCAUAUGAGUCUUCAUAUAAAUGAAUCUGUAACAAAUGCUUUGUUUCUCAGGUAGCUAUAAAUGAUAGCUUCAGUUAUUUUGGAAUCUUUAGGACAUUGGGAUGCUAUAUUUGUAUAUGCUUAAGGGGGAGAAAUUAUACUAUCCUAUUAAGUCAGAAAUGUCUUAUUUUACAUUAUGACUAAUACUGCAUUAUUGUGAAAGUCAUUGGAAGCUAUUCUUUAUUAGCUAGAGGAAUACCUAUGAAAGACAUUAGAGCACUUGUUGGUUGUAGUUUCUUCUGCUGUAGUAAGGUGCCAGAAAUUCUUAAAAAACUGAAAAAGCUGCUUAUGGUUUUUUUUUUCUUCCAAUUCCCUGAUUUUCUCAAGUGUGUUUUUCAUUCUCCUCUUUCAUGGUAUAUUUGACAUGGAGCCUAAAUUUAAAUAAAUCUUUUUCAGAUACUUUUUCAUAGGA